AUGUGCUAUUACUACUAUAUUAUACCAUUACUACUAGUGCUAAUAACCAUCUCAUUCUAUUUCAGGACACCUAAAACAAGGAAACCAGGUGUAUGGAUCCCUUCCAAUUAUAAAUGGCCUAUUCCAGAGCCUUAUCCAGAUUGGAAUAUCCAUAAAACUAAUCCAAUCCCAUAUCGUGCUUUUAAGCAUAAAUAUAAUGUAACUAUGGGGGUACAAUCAAUGGAUCCACAGGAUUGGAUCCAAUUAGAUAAUGAAUGGGUUAAGUUUCAUGAUUUAAAACAAAAAAGAGUUGAAGAAAAGGGUAAAGAUCUCUAUGAUAUUUCUCCAAUUGCACUUGAUGGUUGUAUUGAAUUGUUGAAAGAGUUACAAAUUUAUUUACCUAAUAGAUACCCUUCAUUAUUUCAAGCCACUUCAAAAGGGUUGAAAAAUUUAUUCAAUAAUGAAGACUAUGAUUUUAAAAUUCAUGAUCCAAUGUUUAUAAUUGGGAAUUUAUUACAAGAUGAUAUUGCUAUCUUGACUGAAGAUUCUAAUGGAAAUUAUAAUUUCACUGCAGGUUCAAUCUUAUUAGCAGGUUCAUGGAGAUUUAAAGAUAAAUUUAAUAAAUCAAUUUCUUCAAUUCAUUCUGAUUCAAAAGUUCCCAAAUAUCAUUCAAAUUUACAAAAUUCAAUGAAUAAAUUUUUUUAUAGGUUAAAACCUGAAUCUCCAAUGGUUAGAUACAAUUAUGGGUUCCAAAUGGAUGAUAAUUUACCUUGGGCUUAUAGUUCUUUAGGUGAUGAAGAUUCAAAUUCAGGAUGGAGGUUCCAAACUGGAGAAGCAAAAGCCCUUUCCAUAGAUGAUAUUUAUUAUAGAUCAGAACGUCAAUCCCUUAGAAGAUUACCUAAAUCUGGGGUUAUUGUCUUUACAAUAAGAGCUUAUUUUUUACCACUGGUUGAGAUUUGUAAAGAACCAUUUGUGCCACAAAGAUUAUUAAAUGGUGUUUUGAAUUGGGAUGAAGAAUCAAAAGAAUAUAAAGGUUUUGAAAAAUAUAAAGAUAUUGUUAUACCUUAUUUAGCAAAACAAGCUGAAUUACAAAAAAACCAAGGUUUUACAAUGGAGAAUGAACAAUUAAAUUAUCCAUUGAAUUCUAAAUUGAAAAAUAUUUGA